AUGUGGCUCAUUAAUAUUACGGACACAAAAGCACUCCAUCUCGAACCAUUUCUUGGGGACCCUCCUGCUCAAUAUGCCAUUUUAUCCCACACUUGGGGCGACGACGAGGUCACGUUUGACAAAUUCAAUGCUUUGACAUUGUAUUCAGAUUCGGACUUUGACCGCAGGGAAUUCGGCACCAACACAGACAUCCGAAACUCAGCUGGCUUUGUCAAAAUACUCAAUGCAGCUCUGUUGGCAAGAAGACAUGGUUUUGUCUACCUUUGGGUUGAUACAUGCUGUAUCGACAAAGCUAGUAGUGCAGAGCUUUCUGAGUCUAUCAACUCGAUGUAUCUCUGGUACUUGAAAGCUACCGUUUGUUAUGCAUACUUGUCUGAUGUUCAUGCGGAUGGGAUCCGCAGCAUGGGGCAAAGGGAAUCUCAAUUCAGAACCAGCCGCUGGUUUACGAGAGGUUGGACGCUCCAAGAGCUGAUCGCGCCACGCGUUGUAGAGUUCUACGCCUCUGACUGGUCUCUCAUGGACACCAAAAAGCCAUCAGGCAUUGACACAUUGAAGGCUGGCAAUGAAUCUUUCUGCCAAGUUCUGUCAGAGAUUACCGGCAUCUAUCCCGAUAUUCUUGCCGGCACAAUGUUGUUGAGUGAUGUUAGCGUGGCUGAUAAGAUGCGCUGGGCUUCUGCACGGGAGACAAAACGAGCGGAAGAUAUCGCAUACUGUCUAAUUGGCUUAUUCGAUGUCAACAUGCCUCUUCUUUAUGGAGAGGGGUCUAAAGCCUUCAUACGACUUCAAGAAGAGAUACUGAAGGAAACUGGGGACCAAUCCUUGUUUUUAUGGGCACUUGGCUCCAUGAAGUCUCAAGAGUCCUCCGGCGUUCAAGCUCUCCAUGGAUUGCUCGCGGAUUCGCCGGGUGCUUUCUCCGGACUCGGAAUACACCACAUUCGACCACUUCAACCUCUGGACUCUGAACACAGCGAGCCAGCUAGUAUGACGAGCAAGGGCCUCAGAACGAACAUGUUGCUCUUCCCCAUAGAUAGCUCCGACUAUUUUGCUGUGUUGGAUUGCACAGUCUUCAGGUCUCAGUCGCCACUCUUAAGAGAAGAUGUUUGCAUUUUGUUGAAGCGCCUAUGGGGCAAUCAAUUUGCCAGAAUAGAUAGAGGGGUCACAUCCGGAGUACAGUUCUUCCAAGAUGGCGUUCCAGACAUGAAGGGUAAAGGAGCAACAACCAUGGUUUAUAUCAAGCAAAAGCCCUCUUACGCCUUGCCAGAAGUAACGAUCAACCCCUAUAUGUUUAAGAGCGCGCAUGACAUCCUACCACCACCACCAUCAUCAUCAUCAUCAUCAUCAUCAUCAUCAUCAUCAUCAUCAUCAUCAUCAUCAUCAUCAUCAUCAUCAUCAUCAUCAUCAUCAUCAUCAUCAUUCUCGGUCAUGGAGGCAUUUCCUCCCGAGAGAUUCAGCAUGACAACGUCCGUGGUGCCAAUCAGAGAGCCACAGUCGGGCCUAACGAUAGUCACUCUAAGAUUUGGCUACAGAUAUGAGCAGGACUGGUACCCCCUGGUUGACAUCUCUGUGGGAUUACAAAGCCAAUUUUCGGAGUGGAAUCUCUGUUACGAAAUGCAUCCAUUCGACGGUAGCAAUCUCCAGGGCGUGUACGAAAGCAACCGAUGGCUCAAUCUGUCCUCCGAAGCAGCGUUCAGCAGCGAUAUCCGAUUCUUUGGGCAUGCUCUAGCUCAUGUAACGAACCACAAACAUCGAGGGAGACGAUUUCUUCAAUUAUCGGUCUUCAUGCCGAAGGUCAAUUCUGCUUUCCUGAGAAGCGAAGAUCCUCAGCCGGCAGAUGCAAUACCCGCUCUCCCUCGUGAUGUCAUGCACCGAAUUCAGGACGUUACUCGGCAAUGCUGCUACCAGGAUAGACUGGAGUACAUUUUUUCUGGUGACGCAUUGCUAUCGCCUGACGGCGUUAGAAUAGGCGUCGAGGGCAUAGAAAGUAUCGCCAAAGAGUUCGAAGACAUCGUUGUCCCCAAACGUGGGUGGCAGACGGAUAUGAUUCAAGCAGUCCGCAACUCAGAUUUCAGUUCAAUUUAUUCCUUAACUUCAAACGAGAAAGGUCUGAUCGAAUGCCAAACGCCUGAGUUUGACAGAUUCCGCCCUGUACAUUGGGCCGCUACAAAGCCAUACCCGGUACUAAUGAAAACACUGCUCGGCCUCAAAGCAGAUUUGACAAGUCAGACGCAGAGUGGAUGGAUGGCGGUUCACAUUGCUAUUUUGUCACAAGCCUAUCCAACGGCGGAAUUUCUGUUGGAUAAGACCAAAAGGUUCUAUGGUCAGGCGGGCCUCACGACCAACACUGGGGAGACUUUGUCACAUCUGCUUGCAGCUUAUGCAAAAGACAGCAAUAUUGGCGCGCGGGAGUUGAACCAGGGCAUGUCCUCAGCCCUCAAAGUUGUCAGGGGGAAAAUAAAACCGGAGUAUCACACCAACUGCCGCGGCGAGCUUCCAGUUCAUAGAGCCGCAGCUAACGGAAAUACUGUCACUAGCUUUUUUCCCGGCAGAAAAAAGGGUUUUCCACCGCAGAUCAAUGAGACUGAUCUUGGAGGCCGCUCAGUCUUAUUUCACGCAGCAUGUGGCGGGAAUGAAACAAACAUUCAGGAACUUGUCCGAAUGGGUGCCUCGUUGGAAUUGGUGGAUCACGAAGGCAGAGGCCCGCUGCAUGCUGCAGUCAUGGCCAACCGACCCCGUGCCGUGAGGCUUCUCCUAGAGCUAGGGGCAUAUCCAUACACCGUCACUAAGUCCUUUGGCUUGACUCCUCUCCACUUUGCUUGUAUUUAUGGAUCUCAUGAAUGCAUAAAACCGCUCUUGGAUUCGCUCUACGAGGGCAAUGACCUCAUUACCGCCAACAGGAAUAAAUGGUCAGUUGGGGGCCCAAAUUUCCAGCCUAUUCACCUGGCCGUCUCAAACGGGCAUGUAGAGUGUACAAGGGAGCUUCUUUCUGCCGGGUCUGACAGCAACAAGCUUUGCAAUAACUAUGUGCGCGUAAAGAAACCCCGUCGAGGACCACUAGACGAGACUGAGGUGGUAGUACUGCCAAGCCCCAUGUCGCCUUUUGAGCUCGCAGUGUUUGUAGGCAACAGCACGAUAGCGUCCAUGAUUUCUUCACACUCAACAAAUUGGAUUUAG